AUGAAGAACGGACGGAGAACGUCGCGGCAGCCUACCAGCGCGGUCUUUUUUACGGAUUUUGUCGCGCUGGACCAGGACGGAAGCGAGAAGUUGACCGAGAAGGAGUGUCCGCUGUUAGUCGAAAAAGGGCUGGGGCUCGGCAUAACAGCUUUUGUUGCUGCUUCUGCGGCGAGCGACGAGGCAGCAACUCUGCAGGUCUCCGCAACCGGUCAAAUCGACGCCGGGGCGCCGGAGGAUUUUGCCGGCAAGAAGACGGAACAGGCCUCCUUGCUGGAAGUGGUUUCGGGGCACAAGGAAUGGGCAAAGCGUGGCAGGUUCCAUUCAGCUUGUCACGCCCCCGCCACGAUGGAACGUGUGCACUCCGAGUUACACGACGUGUUGACGAAAUCGCGCGAGGUGCUCUUUGAUGUCAAGAAAAAAUACUGGAAGACGGAUGAGGGGAAGGUGGCCACACCACACGACGCCCUCCGCUUUAAGGCGGCUCUUAGCAGCAUCAAGCGCGGCCUCCAUCAACUUGAGCGGUUGGCGGAGCACGAGGAGGCGGAGAGCAUCCUCUCCGUCGCCAAGUCCAUGAUUCCAUCCAAAAUUUCCAAUAUGGUCACGGUAUCACAUGUAAAAAUGUCUGGGUCUGGAACAAUGCAACUUGUCAUGCUAAAUCUGAAGCAUGCAAAAAUCUGUGUUGCGUGAUUACCAAAAGUUGUCCAGUUUUGACCAAGUCGGGAGGGAGUUUCUCAUGCAGGAUAGGCAUGAUGAGAGAGAUCGCACAGAAUCUGUCAUGCUAGGUCCUGCAUUCCAGACGAGACCUCAUGGGUCAUGGAAAAGCUGCGUGACACAUCGCGCAUUGUUCUUCCAGACCAAGAUAUUUUUGCAUUUCAUACAGGGGCGGCCCCACGAACCAUGAAAAGAGCUUGGACUUUCUGAAGAAAUUGCUCGACGAGGUAGAGGCGGCCGAAGAAAACUUCUUCCCAAAGUUCGAACGCGUCCAACACGACUACUUUAAUCUGUGGAAAACCGGAAACGCAAAAGUUGGCGACGGUCAGGUGUACGGGCGGACAGUAGAAGAGUUGGUCAACCAAUUCCACAAGGAAGUGGGCCUGAUUCAUUAUGGCCGUUGACCGGCGCCGGCUCGUCCGUCCUGCCUGGUUGACGCGUGGAAGCAAGCAGCACGUGGGCGAAGCCACGAUGGUUUGUAAGGAAGAAAAUUGAAUCUACAUCUGGCUCCCAAGGAGCCGCGUAGCACACCGCCGUGAGGGCAAGGAAGGAAAUAGAUUUAUCUAUGUUGCGUUGAUAGUCGGUUUUUUUUUUGUAAAAAUAACAUGCGAGGCCUUGCCCCUUGACCACACGGGGGGCUUGAAAUAUUUCUUCAACGGUUGCAAGACUGACAGGUCCCUGCAAUUUCGCAAGGAGUGCACCCAUGUGCUCAAAAAGAACAAUGCCAAGUGCAACAUCGCGAUUGAUGAAAACAUCAAAACAUCAUAUCCGAAUCGAAGUGCCGCACCAAGAUCGAUCACGAUACGAAGGGGCUGCGGGUGUGGUCACUUGAAGCUUCG